GCUGUACAGUGUUCCUUCCUAACAGAAAUUGGAUAAUUAGGAUUGUACGAGUCUCAUUCUGGGAAGUCUAUUUUAGGAACAAAGUAGAAAAAUAUCAUUGAAUAUUGAGAUGACGUCUAUAACGUUUGGAUUGACACAUUUACACAUAUACUCGUGAGAAGUGAGAAGUCGUCUUCGAACUCAUGAAAAACCUCUCAAAAAUAACAUUGUACUUAUGAAUUUUGAUCUCUUAGUGCGAGUUUAUUACACACAGUUACUGUCGUUAAGUUGUAGGUGGAUGUAAAUAUUUAUGAUCGCGGAAUUCUUAGUGUGAUGAAUCGUCAUGGUGAUUGUUCGAAAUCACUAGGUGUGUACAAGAGAUGGAUACUGCUCUUUGUAUUUCUUUUUGGGGUUGUGAUGUUCUCUACGAAUAUUUACAGAUUUGCAAGCACUUUGUUAGGAAGGACUUCCAACACAAGGGUAUUAUAUCUUUACGAUCGAUACGAACCAAGACACAAACCGAAUUUAUUAUUAGGAACAUCGGAAGAGCCUGCCAAAAAUAGAACAUCCAAACCAAAUGAUAAACCUACGGUAUAUCCAUUAAGCACCCAAACACAGGUUGGAGAUGGAAAAAUAUCAACGGUAGAAGCAAAUAAUCUUGCUAUGUAUGCAAAGCCAGAUUUACACUCCGAAUUUAAUCCAAGGAUAACUGUCAAAGAAAGAGCUUGGAUGGUGGAGAUAUUCAAAGUCUUCAUAGAGAUUUGUGAAGAGAACAAAUUAACCUAUCUAUUAUAUGGGGGCAGUUUACUAGGGAGUUUUCGUCACCAUGACAUAAUUCCAUGGGACGAUGAUUUCGACGUCUGGAUGGACAUCGGCGAGAUAAAACGGAUAAAGAUGGCGCUAGCUUCGAGACUUCCGGUAUAUAACGGAUCCUGGGACAACUUUAAAUUGAGAUAUAAAUUCUUCCACGUAAAUCAGGGAUAUUUUGACAAAUGCUGCUCCUGGCCUUGGCCAAGUAUUGACAUAAGUUUCUUCAGGAAAUCGCCAACUGAGGUUGUAGAAUACGAUUCCGCUUGGGCUGCUAGGAACUUUAGAUUCCAAAAAGAUAUUGUGUUUCCACUCCAGAAAGGGCAAUUUAUUGACAAUAUGUCCGUAAAUGUGCCAUUUGACACAAGUACAUUCCUAAAAAAGACAUACGAUGUUAAUUUUUGCUCAACAAAUUCUUAUGACCAUGUUCAUGGGAAAAAGGUAAAAGAAACGAAAGUAGAAUGUAAGCAACUCUUAGACAAAUAUAACAUGUACAAUAUUGAAUAAAAUGGAACUC